AUGGACGAUUUCAUAUUUCCGGAAGAUAUUGAUGAAGAAAACAAUGAUGCUAUGGAUUUGGACGCUGUUCAGAGUGGAGUAACGAUUUCUGAAGGAGAUGACCGGGAAUUAGAGUUAGUGUCAGAGAAUGUCCUCUCGGUUGGUUAUUGCGCUCAAGCUAUGAGUGAUACAUUAAAAAAGUAUGAAGAAGUCAAGGAAAGCAUUGCUGAAGUGGAUCAACUGGCGAUGCAGUUAUCCUUUGGAGUACGUUUACAAGCCGAAAUGGACAAAUGUGCCUCAGAGAGGAAGGAUUUUCCAUUGCAUAUUGUUCUGAAAAGACAAAAAUUGAGUUCUGGCGCAUCCCUACUAAUGAUUCAAUUGCGGAAUAAUUCACCAUUUGAAAUGAUUAAGUGGCAUUUGACUCUGACUACAUCCUAUCAAACAUCAACAACUGCUGAGGGUAAAGAUAAAAUAUUUACGAAAGCAAUACCAAUCGAACGACUUUCACAACAUUCCGAGUUCACUUAUGAAGUAUUUUGCACCCAUAAUUUGCCAAUAUCACUAUUCUUCCGAGUGCAUUUGUUUAAAUGUAUCCAUUUAUCAGGAGAUAGGGAGUCUCGUGCUUUUCGAAUUGCUCUUGAACCAAUUUAUUUAACUCAUUGGAAUACGGUUGCUAUAACUGCCAUAUUGGAAAAUACAGUCAGUCGAUUGGUUCAUUAUGCAAGAGUUGAUGAGGAGCAAAAAAUUACAUUACCUGAUGCUUUGGUAUACUUAAUUUGUAAUGGAAAACAAACAGAAACGAUGCUUCUCAAUUGGAUUAUCAUCAAUACAAUUACGGAUGGAUGUGAUUGUGUGAACUGUGUGGUACUGGACGAUGAGAAUGUUCGUUGGCCAUUUACAGUAGAGAUCAAAAAACGAGGAUUAAGCUAUGAUGUAGUGCUAAAGAUGAAGAAUGCAAAAAUGCGAUGUAUUUUGAUUGAUGAGUUGAAAAUAAGAAUUUUAAUUCGGAUGCGAUAUAUCUGGAAAGAAUUGAAGGAAAAGGAAGACUGUGAAUUACUUCUGGAUAAGAAAUCACUAUCUGACUGUUUCGCUUCUCUUAUUGCUAAAUAUAAGCGUCGAUAA